CAGAUGUAGUCAAACUACACCCACGAAGAAGAGCAGUCAAAACAAAGUGGCGGGCUGUUCGGUACCUUCAGUAAUACAUUCAUGGAUUGGGAGGCGGGGAAUUGUCGGCCAGUCUCGGUGUGAAGUUUCACCUGGUACUCCACAAACAUCGGGAUGUUUCUGAACCGGUUUGACAGCCAGUCGAGGCUUCUGGUUCGGGCCCUGAUGUCGGGAGCCUCCGGCCCCCACAGAGCACUAGCUGUCUUCCGCAAGCAGCAGAGGGCUAACCCGGACACGUCUCUGUGUAAUUUCAUAGAAACGCUAUGUCGAGAUGAAAUAACCCACACGGAAGCUGAAGGGGAGACGCUAAUUGUGAAACCAUUAGUUUGCCUGUUUUCUGUAGUGUUCAAAAAAAACCUGCUGUCCUUCAUCCACCUGAUCCGCUCCGUUCUUCCUGAGAUGACCGUCCACAAUCUGCUGAAAUGUCUGAGCCAGGACUCUCGUCCAAAUCCCUGGGUCACUGCUUUGAGUAGACAACUGGGAAGAAACCUGGGGACCCACCAUGAGGAACCUCUGUACACAACGCCGUGCAGCCAGAGACUGAAGGAGCUGUCCCAGCGUUUGGUUGGUUUCAGUGAGACCAAUGGAUGGGCCAAGUGCUUCAGCAGUCAAGAAUCUGAAUCUCAGGGUGCCUUUGAUUUAGCCUCGGGGACGCAAAGGAAAAGGAAGAGCAGCCUUGUCAAUCUGGACUCAGAAGAUGAAGAGGUAGGACAGAUGAGUAAACGGGUAAAGACGGACGGCUGUGAGAAUGAGUUUGUUGAUGCAGAAGAACAGAGCGUAAAACCCCAGACGACAGAAACAUCAGAAAGUGAUGCUCCAGCAGAAACUCAGAGUGAUGCCCUGCCUGAACACAUAAUGGUCUGCGUCCUUCAAAUAAGAGAAUUACUGGAAAGUCAGACAGAGUGGGACCAGAGCUCCACAGAUGUGUUCAAAGUGCUGAAUGACUGUGACCCCAGCCAAAUGGAGGUGUUAUGCAGCAUGCUGAGUUUGCCUCACUUACCAGAACAGACUCUGCCCAAACUGUGCAGCAGCGUACUAGCUCUUCCUUUUGACCUCAGCUACAGCACAGCAUCGACACUCAUCAAGAGCCUCCUGCUGGAGAAGGUCCUGUCCUUGUCAGAACUUGCCUCCAGAUGUUUGGUCAGUGCAGCGACAUCACUGUGUAGCCAGUACCCGGGACCAGUGUGCCACGCUCUAAUCGGACCAGUGCUAGAGGAGAAGAACCUAGGGCAUCCACAGGCUGAGCUACUGAACAGACUGAUAGAAGGUUGUUUGGAUUCUCACUACAGAUUACUACUGAUUCAAGUGACAUUCAAAAUUGCAUGGAGUGAGCCAGUUCUCUCCAUUAUCCACUGCUUGCUUGACUCCAAGCCGGUCUUGAACGAAGAACUUUUCACCCAGUUCACUGAACAGCUCGUCGGCCAGUGUCCUCACUUCACAAAGUCAGUGAAGUUCGCAAAGAUGAUGCUGACAGUACUCACCAAAUAUAGCGGCCAUGUGACUGCUGCACACAAACACUCGUUGUCCAGCUGCUUGAUGUUAAAUGAGACCUUCCUGAAGAAGUCUCUUCAGGCUGCUUUGAAACGAAUCAACCACACAUGAUGUUUCCUCUGACUUAAUAAGUUGAACGGGAAAAUGAAGUGCCUCAAUCCACCAUUUUGACUGUGACUGAUACUAGAGAUAUGACUUAACCUGCUCUGAAAUGCUGAUCACUGCAAUACUGACCUUUGUUUACUACAAUUAUUCAUGUGCUUCUCUGCUUAAAUAAAUAAGUAAAACAAAUAAAACAUUUGUGUUACAUUAAGUCAACUGCUGUGGGUAAACUAAAUUUUAAGCUACAUAUAGAAAGGAAUACUUUCAUUUCGUCACUAUUUAAAAUUCUA